AUGCCCUCUUGCCAGCUGGAGGUUCACAUAAAGUUGCAUCCACCGCUGCCGCUCCUGCUGCUGCUGCAGGCCGUCGAGACACGUGAUCCACUGACCUGCAGAAGCACAGGAUUUUCUAGCCCUUUUUGCAGAACAGUGAAGCCUCUGCUUGGAACCUUGCACCUCUUGGAGAUGCUGGUUCCUGGGGGGCUGGGAUAUGAUAGAUCCAUAGCACAACAGAGACAAGAAGGUGUGGAUAAGAUAGGGAGUCCAUGGAGGACACUGGAGACUUAUUCCUAUAACAGAUACCACCACAUGGGGGAGAUUUAUCAGUGGAUGAGUCAGAUAAGAGAGAAGCACACAGAAGACGUGACAGAGCCUUUCCUAGGAAUGACCUGUGAGAGCCGACCAUAACAUGAAUGUCCCCUCCAGAUCAGCCAACCAUUCAGUAACCCCAAGAAGAUUAUCUGGAUGGACUGUGGAAUUCAUGCCAGGAAAUGGAUUGCCCCUGCUUUUUGCCAGUGGUUUGUGAAAGAAAUUCUACAGAACGACAGAGACAACUCAAGGAUAAGAAGGCUCCUGAAAAACCUGGACUUCUAUGUGCUUCUGGUUCUCAACAUAGACGGUUACAUCAUCUACACUUGGACAACUGAUCGGCUUUGGAGGAAACCCCGUUCAUCCCAUAAUAAUGGCACAAGUUUGGGGACAGAUCUCAAUAGAAAUUUCGAUGCAUCCUGGUGUAGUAUCGGCGCAUCUCACAACUGCCAAGAUAUAUUCUGCAGGACAGGACCCAUGUCUGAACCAGAGACUAAAGCUGUUUCCAGCUUUAUUGAGAGCAAGAAGGAGAACAUUGCCUGCUUCCUGACCUUGUGCUCUUACGGGCAGCUCAUCCUUGUGCCUUAUGGCUACACCAAAAAUAAAUCAAGUAACCAUGAAGAACUGAUCCAAGUUGGACAGAAGGCAGCAAAUGCAUUGAAAGCAAAGCAUGGAACCAAUUAUAGAGUUGGAUCAAGUGCAGAUAUUUUAUAUGCCACAUCAGGGUCUUCACGAGACUGGGCUGGGGACAUUGGGGUCCCUUUCUCAUACACAUUUGAGCUGAGGGACAAUGGUACAUAUGGAUUUGUCCUGCCAGAACCUCAGAUUCAGGCCACCUGUGAGGAAACCAUGGAGGCUGUGCUUUCAGUCCUGGAUGAUGUGUAUGUGAAAUACUGGUACUCAAACAGUGCUGGAAAGGUGACAUCUGCUGCUAUGGUGCUGAGCUUGCUGGUGUCUUUCAUGUCUCUUCUGUAA